CCAGCGUUUUGGACGUGGAUUUUAUGCCUGUUUUGAAGACUUAUUCUGAAUCGUUUUCUAGAGGCAGUUGCUGGAAGUAAUACUUUUCAUGAUAUGGGAGCAAACGCAAGUACCUCUAAAUACAGAGAUAAAUCUUCUGUGACAAUUCCUACAUCAUCUGAGGAUAUUUUAAGAAAAACUUAUCAGUUUCUGAGAUGGAUUCCUGUCAGUGAAGAAUUUGACUUAGAAUCUGCUGCACAAAAUAUCGCCCAGCAAGCACAGGUAAUCAAGUACAGUGAAAGCACAGUUAUAAUACAGAAAGGUACAGUUGGUGAAGGUAUUUACAUAAUUUUGUCUGGGGAAGCAGUGGUUUUGUCAGAGGGAGAGGAGCAACAGGCAAUCGCACACAUAAUGGAGGGGGAGUUUUUUGGAGAGGUGUCCUGUUUUUUUGGAAACCUGUGCACUGCUACUGUGAUGACAGUAGCAAAGGCAAAACUUCUUUUUCUUCGAAAAGAUAUGCUUGCAACAGUGCUGCAGCUUAAAGUAGAUCCUGGAAACAAAGAGGAACAACUGAAAUGGUUCCAUUAUUCUCUGUCUGGCCCGAUGAAGCCCUGGAAUCUGUAG